AUGAACGGCGGUCCAACUUCGCGCGACAACUCGAGCCCGGCCAACGGCGCCGAUGCCGCGAGUGCCAACAACCUGACCGCUCCACACGAGCCCACUCGGCACGAUCAAGGCACCAACGCCUACUCCACCCAUUCCGGCGACCAGCCAGACUCAGAGGCAACGGAACGCGACCACAGCCACGGUACCAGCAAGUACAACUCCAAGUACAGCGAACGCUCGCCCGAUAGCCAUGGCAGCAAUGGCCGCAGCUCCGAUGAUCUGCCCACCGACCCCAACAGCCGCAGCAGCGAAAAGCCGCAGUCCAGUAGCGGUGAUGAAGACAACAAGUCAGAUCCCUCUUCAACCCCAAGCGACAGCGGUGGUCACAGUCCUUCCGACACCUACCUCCACUCAGCCUCGCAGGAAGAGGCCCACCACCACCACCACCACCAUCACGGCCUGAACAAUCAUCGCCACCCCGCCACGCCUACUAGCACCGCACCCCAGGAUCGCUCCCAGAAUAACUCGACCGAAUCCAACACCACCUCCAACGGCAACGGCAGCUCCAAUUCACAAACCCUGUCCAACGACUCAAACGCCCAGUCCAACUCCAACUCCAACUCCAACUCGAACAACUCCAACUCGCUCACAAACUCAAACUCCAACGGGUUUGCCAAUGCCUCACUCACCGGUCUCUCUUCCAACGCCGAGAACUCCUUUUCUCAAAACAGCUUUGGUAUCGGUGAUGUGCCGCCGCACUCGGCCACCGAAUCGACAGCUCACCAACAAGCGGAAGAAGCCGCUCGACGCAAGCGCCACGAAAGUUCGACCGCCGAACUCUUGUUCGAAGCCUUUGAUCUUUGGCGUCGCGCCGAUUAUCUGCAAGCCAUGCUCCUCUUUGACUCGGUCCUGCAAACCCAACCUCGCAACGUUCUGGCCAUUCUUGGCCUCCAACGCCUUCUCUAUGAUCAACCCAACCUCACGUUUCAGUUUUGCCGCAAAACGCGCAACCUGGUGCGCGAAACCCUCGACGUGUACCUCCCGGACGAGCUGCAAAAAUCCCUGGAAGAGGCCAGUGCCACUCCAGAUCCUCCCCUCCUUGAUUUAGCACAUGCCUACGUCCGUGGCGAUGCCGCCGAGCCCACCCCCUUUGACACCGUCUUUGCCUACGCUGCCGUGCGCGAAGGCAAGGACAACAAGGUUCUCAAGCGCCUUCAACAAUACGCUAAAUCGGACGGUCUUGCGCAAAGCCUGUACGGCUCGUGCAAGUACCACGGCCUCAACAUUAAGCAAGACCACGCCGCUGCCUACAACCUGUUUGUGCUAGGCAGCGCCACCCAUCUCCAUGCCAAAUUCAACAGGGCCGUAUGCUUGUUUUCGGGAACUGGCGUCGAUAAGGACACCGAACUCGCCGGCCAGCUUUUCGAGGAAUGUGCAGAACAGGGACAUCCAGCUGCCAUGGCCAAUCUCGCCAUCACUCUCUUACAACAAUCGUCCAGCGCCUCGGAGCGCGACUCAAAUCACACCCGAGGUCUGGAUUGGCUCCGUCAAGCUUGUACCUACGGUCUGCCACAAGCACAGUAUCAGCUCAGUCUACGCUACUUGCGUAGCAAGCAAGCCACAACCCGAUUGCAGGGACAGUACUUGCUUCGUCUUGCCUCCAAACAAGGCUACGCCCCAGCAGCUGAGGCCCUUCGUACCCUGCCUCUCGACAACCCAGACCGUGAUCGCGACCGCCAUCGAUCGCGCAGCAGUCACAGCGUUGCCAAACGCUCAGCACGCGACACGUCAACCGAGCCCGGUCCAACCAGCAAGAAAGCCGCUCGUGACGCCCUCGACAACCAUACCUCGGAUUCAGCUCCGAGCCAGAGCACCGGCACCUUUUUCCCUGGUCCCCAUCCCAACAUGUCCAACAUGCUAGGCAUGUCUCCCAUGAUGCAGCCCAUGAUGCCCAUGCCCAACAUGACUGGCAUGCAAACCAUGCAGAACAUGGCCAGCGUUCCGGGGAUGCAAGGCAUGCAGGGGAUGCAGGGGAUGCAGGGGAUGUCCGGCAUGCCCAACUUUGCCACGUCCAACAUGGAUCGUUUGCCUACAAAUGCCGAGCUUCAGUUUUCGCUCUUGCUGGCAAAUCAGCUCACCGCCCUCAACAUCAACGUCGACGCCUUGGUGAGCGGCAUGCCGGCCCUACACCAGCACGUCAUCAUGUCCUCGGGCGGUAAUCCGCAUAGCAUGUUCAUCGUUGGCGUAUUAACCUUAACGCUGCGGUACAGUUUACACGACGCCGGCAUGGGUGCUGAGCUCGUGCGCCGGGCUGCUGACACGGGUCAUCUGCCCUCGGCAUUUGUCUACAGCCAAUGCUGUCUUCACGGCAUUGGUGUGCAGCGCAACGUGGCCGAGGCCUCCAAGUACAAGCGCCUGGCAGAGCAAGGUGGUCUCAAGGUGCCCGAACUAGUUGCAUGAGCGCCGUGACUGAGGCCUGUCCUGUCCUGUCCUUUGGCCUUUUUUUGCUGUUUAUUUUUUUCCGUCUAGAUUGUGUGCGUCCCCCCACAUCUUUGAUGUGUCGUGUUGUUCAAAGCAACACUUUGGGCCCUGCGGGCCGUCAUGUCUUGUCAAUGUGGUGCCAACGUUGGUUUUUGGGCACCACCGUGUGUUUGACCUUGAAUGUCGCGUGAAGGCGUGUCUUCGCUUGUGCAAGUGUAUGUUAUACGUUGUCUCUUGAACUGGGUCUUGGCGCUGUUGAGUCAGCCUCGUGCUUUCUUUCCGUGGCGCCAACCAGGCAGUUUCGUGCACGCAGACUUGUCCGACUAUUCAACAUCGCGACGCAAGUCGGAGGACUUUUUUUUUUUUUUUUGGCUGUGCCAAACAAGUUCUGCAUGCGUGGCUUGGGCCGUAUCUCCUAUGAGUUAUCAUCCUCCAGGCGAUGUUGAUAUAGAUGCAAGUACUCUUGUUCCUCCGAGUGGAUGUGCUGUUUCUGCCACCAGAUUCAACGGAACCCUUCAAUUUAUUAUAUCU